AUGGUUGGUUUGUUAACGCAUUCAAAGGUGUUAUCAAAAAUUCAGGUUGACUGGAGGCUUUCUGCUGACGGAGAACAGCUGAUCGUGUUCACUGGAGGUGUGCCACAAGAGGAGGGUGUGCUGCCGGCCGUAACCAUCCUGAAAGCAUCUCGUUCGGCAACCCUUCUCGAAAUGGACCAUCCCAUGAUAGCGUUCGUACCGUUGCUAUCAUCACCGUACACCAAUGUACCACAACACCCUUUUGCGUUGGCUGUACUCUUGAAAAAUGAUUUAUUAGUGAUCGAUAUGAAUACACCUGGGUAUCCGUGUUUCGAGAAUCUAAACCCUAUCGAUAUCCAUGAAUCGCCCGUAACGCUCAUAAAAUACUUCUCGAAUUGUCCUAUCGAUUUAAUUGGUGCGUUGACUUUGGUCGGAUGUAAACAACGCAAGCAGGGAUUUAGUGAUAAGCCAUGGCCAAUCACAGGUGGAACGAGUCGCGAGUGUGCAACUGGACAUCAGGAGCUUUUACUAACCGGUCAUGAGGAUGGUUCACUGAAAUUCUGGCAAGCAUCAGGCGAGCAUCUGCAGAUAUUGUAUAAACUGAAAACAGGUCGUCAUUUUGAGAGGAAUAGCGAUAGUGGAGGGGUGUCGGCCUCUCACGCAAUACAAGCCGUCGAAUUGUGCUUAGAGUCAAGACUACUGCUAGUCGCUGCUGUAUCUGCUCAAGUCACGCUGUUCAGAUUCGUUAAAAAUGAGUCUGCGAACGAAAUUGCAGUGGUGAACGUGCCGAAUCUGUCAUCGCAGAUUGUUGAGAGCAAUGAGGAUGACGCGAAUGCAACCAUCAAUUCACCGACGCAGUACUCGAAUUCAAGCGGAGUCGAGCACGAACUGAGAAGACAAGCGAAAGCAGUCUCACAAGAAUCGAGAAGUACGGACACCAGUGAGGGGGGUAGUAUCUGUGAUGAGUUCGUGCCAUUCAAGGUGCGUGGCGGUGCUUUGAGGAGACCGGCUGGAUAUCAGCCGGAUCUGGUAUGCCUAAUCCCAUGGAAGAGUGCCACACAAGCUGAACAAGUGACUGCACUGGCAUUGAAUUCUGCUUAUGGAACGCUCGCAAUUGGAAUGACAUCGGGUCUAGCUUUGGUCGAUUUAGUUCAGUAUACUUUGAUAUAUUCGUGGUCAAAUAGUGAAUUGUAUGGAAGUGAUGUGACACCGAUGGUUCAGAUUAAUCAAAGUGUUGAUGUUUCGGAUGGUUUUUAA